AUGGCGGUGAUAACGCCUACCAAGCCCACAAAGGCGACAGGAAACAUUGGAGAUUCUUUUGCCUCCCUAUCUGGGGCGCAAGGUUCCCCAUUACCGGAUAGAUUUCGCCAGUUGAAAUGUGACCUGGUCAAGGACAAAGAGAAAGACAUAGUGGAUAGCUGGUUCAGGCUCUUGAGGCAGAUCGCAGUCGAGAAUAAUGUGAUUGUUAAUAUGAGAAGUGACGUUAUUCCCUCCAUCGAAUUCUCACAAUUUGAGAGUGACUGUGAAGAAAUGAGAGAUGAAAUUAAGAAGAGAGGUGUCGUUGUCGUGCGAGGUGUGAUACCUGAGCACGAGGCCAGAGCGUAUAAGGAAGAGAUCGAAGAAUACGUUCGAAAGAAUCCACAUACCAGAGGUUUUCCUCAGAAUGAUCCCCAAGUCUACGAGCUGUACUGGUCUGCGCCGCAACUCAAAGCCCGCUCACACCCUUCUUUACUAAAAGUUCAACGCCUUCUUAUGUCGUUUAUAUGGGAUACGCAUCCAGACAGUCGCAUAUCCUUGAAUCACCCCCUCACCUAUGCUGACAGAGUACGUAUCCGUCAACCUGGAGACCAGCAUUUUGCGCUCGGUCCCCAUAUGGAUGGUGGAAGCGUUGAGCGCUGGGAAACGGAGGGAUAUGGCAAGGGUGGUGUGUAUGACAAGGUCUUUGAGGGUAAGUGGGAAGAAUAUGACCCGUGGGAUGCAAGUGGCAGAGUCCAUGCGCAAGUGAAUUUAUACGAUGGAUUGGGUGCAUGCUCGAUGUUCAGGAUGUGGCAAGGCUGGAUGAGCAUGAGCAACUCUGGCCCUCUGGAGGGAACUCUGCUUGUAAACCCACUUGUACAACUGUCCACUGCAUAUCUGCUUCUUCGGCCGUUCUUCAAUCCAGUUAAUAAAUGUACGGGGCCAGAGUUUCUGGACGAAAGCAAUUGGGAGUUUACGGGACUGCCGAAUAUGACCAGCGAGCUGCAGGGUGCUACCUGUGAUCAUCGUCAGGAGCUUAAUGAUGCACUCCACCCUCAUCUUCAACUGAACCAGACUAUGGUUCACAUUCCAAAGAUCAGGCCUGGCGAUUUUGUCGCAUGGCAUUGCGAUUCUAUCCACGCCGUGGAUAAUUUGCAUGUUGGUAGCUCAGAUUCCAGUGUUCUAUACAUCCCCGUCUGUCCCAUCACAGAUAGCAACGUUGAGUAUCUGAAAGGCCAACGUACAGCAUUUCGGAAGGGUAUCCCACCAGCUGACUUCCCUGGGGGUGAGGGUGAAGCCCAUCAUGUCGACCGCCCAUCCGAGGAGAUGCUCCGGGGGUGGAUGAACUCCGAGGGAAGACAAGCCCUUGGUUUAGAAAGGCUCAUAGCCUCAAAAAAUGCGUUGCCAGGUGAGAAGGAUGUAAUUCAGACGGCAAAUGAGAUUUUGGGGUUUGAGGGUAUCGUGUCAACGAACUAA